AUGAGUAAACCCGAACUGCCCCCGAAACCUAAUCAAAAUAUUCCAGAUACGCGUAACAGCAAUUAUCCGUUACCAGACAAUACGAACCUUUUGCCUCUAAGCACUCUUGAGGAUCUAUCGUCAAUUUACGGAGACCAUCUUAAAGAUUAUGUCGUGAGAUUUGAAGGAUGCUCGGAUAUUCAAACUGGUUGCGAAAAACUCAAAACGGAGCUCCAAGAACUGUCGCAAGAGUUCGAGGUACUUGAAGCGCGCAAAGAACAGUUGUCUUCGCUUUUGGAUGACGUUAAUAAUUUGCAGAAAGAACACGAGUCCUACAGGGAGGAACUGAACCACUUGAUUUCUACUACUUACGGCAAUGAUGCUAUGGAAAACAAGACGGAGGUCGAACUGUCAAUGCUAGAAUCACAAGCCACCGCCUUAGAAUCCAAAAAUGACUUACCUAUCGAUCAAUUCAUCCAGCGACAUGUGAAAUUAAGACAACAAUACCAUGUUAAGCGUGGGUUACUACACUCUUGGCAGCACACUGACUAA